AUGGGCUGGGUUAAGGUUCAGAAGACGCGCUCCUACUUCAAGCGCUUUCAGGUGCAGUUCCGCCGCCGCAGGGAGGGAAAGACUGAUUAUCAGGCCCGCAAGGCUCUGAUCAUUCAGGACAAAAACAAAUAUGCCACCCCGCGCUAUCGCUUCGUGGUGCGCCGCACAAACAAGGAUAUCAUCUGCCAGGUCACUGCAGCUGAGCUGACAAAGGACAGGGUCGUUUGUGCCGCCUACUCUCACGAGCUUCCCCGCUACGGGAUCCCCGUGGGGCUGACAAACUAUGCUGCUGCUUAUGCCACAGGCCUCCUGUGCGGUCGCCGCCUCCUGGAGAAGCUCUCCGUCGGUAUCAAGGAGAACGCUCUUGCGCAGCUUUAUCCUGGAUUAGACAAGGCGACAGGGGAAGAAUAUCACCCGGACGAGAACGAAAACGAGGAGGUCCACGCCUUCAAGGCGUUCCUUGACAUUGGGCUUGCCCGUGCUAGCACGGGUGCUCGCGUCUUCGCAGCCAUGAAGGGUGCCGUCGAUGCCGGACUGAACAUCCCCCACAGUAUGAAGCGCUUUCCAGGCUACUCGAAGGAUGGCUUUGACUCCUCGGCUCUGAGGGAUCGUAUCAUGGGGAAGCACGUAGGGGACUACAUGGCAGAGCUCAAAGCGGAGGAUGAGGAGACCUACAGGAAGCGCUUCUCGAAGUACAUAGCCGCCAAGGUCGAGCCGCUUAGACUUGAGGCCAUGUACACAAAGGCACAUGCGGCUAUUAGGGCCAACCCGCAAGCUGUCAAGGCGAAGUUUGAGAUCAAGAAGCCGGUGCGACAGGCCAGACUCACGCUGAAGGAGCGAAAGGAAAGAAUCGAUGCCAAGAAGCUCGAGGCACUCAAGCAACUGACCAAGUAA